AUGUCGACCACUGGUGCUCUCAUCUUACGGCUGUCGGACGACCUGGUCCUCCACGUCUUCAGCUUUCUGCGCGCUGAGAUGCUGGCGCGAGUCUGUGCGCUCAGCAGGCGGAUGUGUGCCAUCGCAUCGGAAGACCUGCUGUGGUAUGGGCUGCUCUGCGAGGAGCUGGGCCACGGCCGGCUGCCCGGCCCAUCCAUGUCCCACGUCGUGGGCGAGUGGAGGCGCCGCUGGAUCGCCUGGCGCCGGCUCGAGGUCGUUGGCUGCGAGACCCGCUCUGUGCAGGGCGAGGAGGAGGAGGUCCCGCAGGCGAGCCACGCCCCCAGCCCCUCCUAG